GCAUCUUUACUAUUCUUUUUUUUUUUCCGCUUCAAAUUUUCCUCUGCUUUUCUGAGGAAGAAAAAUGGCUGCGGCAGGGAUCAGAUUUGCGCUAUUCGGUGUGGUUUUUGCGCUGUAUGUUGCGGUGACUUCGGCGGCGCAUUCUGCGCCGGCGCCGGCAGUUGAUUGCUCUAGCCUGGUGCUGAACAUGGCCGAUUGUCUAUCGUUUGUUUCGGCUGGAAGCACGACGGCGAAGCCGGAGGGAACGUGCUGCUCCGGACUGAAAACGGUGCUGAAAACCGGCGCGGAGUGCCUCUGCGAGGCGUUUAAGAACAGCGCGCAGUUAGGCGUUACGCUUAAUGUGAGCAAGGCGUUGAGUCUCCCCGACGCCUGCCAUGUCUCUGCUCCUUCUGUUAGUAAUUGCGGAAUGAGCGUUGGAAACGGCGCCGCUCCAGCUCUGUCGCCACUGGCCUUAUCUCCUACUGCGGCGGCGAACGUGGGAGGUCCUGCAGCUGCACCGGCGGCGGCGCCUGCAGGCAGCGAGAGCGGCGCCGCGACGGGGUCGUCCCCGCACAGUGCGAGUGGUAGCAGGUCCAUGAAGGUUUUGCUUCUGGCCAUGGCGGCUGCUCUAUGCUUUACUUAAUUUGUUUGGGUAUUGAAAGAAAGAAAAAAUGAUGUGAUGUUUUGCUGUCUGUGAGAAUUAUGAGUACAUAGAGGAGGAGGCGAAUAGGCAAAACCCAAUUUGAGCAGUUUUCUUCACUCGCUGCUGUUGUGAUUAUUAUUAUUAUUAUUAUUUUGAAUAGUAUUUAAUUUGAUGGUAAAGAGUAGGGGGGCGUGACAUGAGGAGGAUUUCACAUUGAUCAAUGAUGAUGGUCUGUAUUUUUUUUAUUUCGUCUUCAGCUUUUGCCUUUUUUGGAUGUGGUUUUGAGUUAUUAUGAUUAUAAUAAACUUUUAUUUCGUUUUA